GGAUAGCGAAGUGACAUCAGGCCCGAAAAAUGUGUGUGUGUGUGAGGCUGCAGAUUCAGACAGUGUGACUGGGAAACCGAGAGAGAGAGAGAGAGAGGGAGAGAGGAAAAGGCGUGUCCAUUCUCAAACCGGCAAACCGCUCAGAACCGCGGAUCACGAGCCGCUGAACGGACACGAGCACUCUCCUCUUUACACCAGCCGCUCAAUCACGCGCGCACACACACACACACACACACCUCAGAUUAGAUGGUUUUGACUGAAGUGUGUGUGUGCUGAAGCUGGAGUUUGUGUUGAAGAAGCCGAAGCGGAUCUCCAUCAUCACCAUCAUCACAGCAGCAUCAAGAAUGUCUGAAUACAGCUCUCUGCUGAGCGACCUGUCGGAGAACAUCACUAAUGAAGACCUGGAGCAGCUGAAGUCGGCCUGUAAGGAGGACAUCCCUGAGGAGCAGAGCAACUCCAUCGCCUGCUCCAGAGACUGGUUCAGCUACCUGGAGAAGAAUGACAAACUGGCGCAAGAUAACCUUUCCUACAUCGAGCACAUCUUCGAGAUCUCGCGGCGACCCGACCUGUUGACCCGGGUCAUCGAGUACCGCACGACUGUGCUGAAGAUUUCUGAAGACGACGAGAUCGACACCAAACUCACACGCAUCCCGUCUGCUAAGAAAUACAAGGACAUCAUCCGCCAGCCGUCUGAAGAUGAGAUCAUCAAACUGGCUCCGCCGCCCAAAAAAGCAUGAGGUCAACGUACUUGAUCUCCGCUCCUCAUCCCUGGCACAUCAUCAUCACAAGCCACACCCCCUGCCCCGCCCACUUCACACCAAACAGCCAAUCAGACCGCCAAGAUGCUUUACAGCCACGCCCACGCCACGGAACGCAUGGGA